AUGACCGUGCUUGACCACACUGGCCCACCGUCGCCCAUGGAUCAACGUCCUUACAUCUCUCGUCGGGUUUCCUACCCUUCGUUGCCGCCACCCCCGCCACGCAUUGACCCAUACCUUUUGCCUUCGAUCUCUUCGCUUAUGCUCGCACCGGCUUCUCCUUGGGACUAUAGUGCUCAGCUACAAUUUGCUCUCAACAGUGCCCAGACCGGGCCCUACCUCCAUCCCUUUGGUCGUGGACACCAACACUACCAAGCUCACAUGCAGCCCGGUGGCCACAUCAUCCCAGGCGUCGGCGCCGGGAUGGGCCGGGACCUCGAGCACCACCACCCUGGCGAGCAUAGCCUAGCUGGGCUCCUGGGAGGAAACCGCAAGCGUCCCAAGUACACUAGGAGCAAGACUGGAUGCCUGACAUGUCGGACCAAGAAAAUCAAGUGCGAUGAAACAAAACCCAUCUGCACCAAGUGCGUGCACGGCCAGCGCGAGUGUACUUGGCCAAAGGACGUCCAAGUUAAUCCGUCGGCCACCUCGUCAGCGCCAAGCUCGCGCCCGUCUCCUACCACCAGCACACCUCAACGAUCACCAUCACGGCCAGGUCCGAGUUCCGACCUCUCGCGAUCAAACUCCGCAAAUGGCCGUCGCGCCGGUAGCAAUUUCCUAUCCAGCUCAGAACGCGGAAGCAGUAGUGCUGGUACACCGUCAAGAGAGACUAGCCCGCAAGAGCGACUAGACUCUCAUACACGCAACUCCACUGAGUCUCGUACGCCUGGGCUCCUUGUCCCUCACUCAGGCUCGUCGCUCUCGGGGCUUACCUCCGGGGCCGACCCCUUAAGUUUUCCUCAACCUCUCGACAUGACGUCCUUUGGUAACUCAGGGGUGGACUCGUUCCCGCUUUCGGCUCAGUUCGGAAGUUUACCCAUGGGAUACAGCGACCAACUGUCCAUGCUCAACCAGCCACUGAGUGUUGAUAACCCUGCUUCAUAUUCCCCAUGGGGGCCGUCGUCGUACGGCAAUGGCAGCAGCCCUAUCGACACUUCCACCGCAAAUGGACAAUGGAUGCCAUCUCAAGUAAAUCCUAUUCUCGCUGUGAACCUUCCGCUGGUGCUGGCCACCCCACCUCCGCUUCAUGGCAUGUCAGUUUUAGAACCGAACGCGGGCGGUAGUCCCGCAACUGAGGCGCUGAGGCUCUCGCUACUUGGCGUUGGGGCAAUUCAUCAAGCGUAUCUACUCGCUCGGUCCGGAACCGACAUGUCUCUCGUCAAGCAGACCAAUGCGGGCGACGAAGUGUUUGGCACUGGCUUGCAGACUAUCGAAGGCACACGAAGCGACGCUGCGCUGGGAGCCAGCGUUACGAUAGCUUUGAUCGAUAUCUUUGCCGGUGGCCAUUCUUGGCAAUCUAAUAUGAACUUGGCCAAAACGCUUGUGUCGCUACGUGGAGGUCCGGGCGCCAUCGUCGCCCACAACCAGCCAUCGCGCAAAUCGAAUCGGAGCGGCGUGACGGUCAGUCCCGCCCGUCUGCUUCUGGAAAUCUUGACGCUUCUAGGACCGGGCAACUCUGAUUGGUGGCUCUCCCAUGAGGCGGAUAUAGACAACUAUCAUUCCUACUCUGUGGAGAACGUGUUUGGAAUGUCACGUCGUAUUGUGGAGCUGAUGGCAAGGCACCUUGGUCAUCCGACACAACCACGUCGCGGUGGGGAGGAAGCCCAAAGGCUCUAUCAAGAGGUCGAGAACUGGACCGAGCCUCCACUUCCCGAUCUACUGAAACGCAGAGUCGAGAACGGAAAUACUGCUCAUAAACUUGCUAUGCAGAUCAUGCUACUCCGGGACGUGUUCCGUGUGCCUCGCGACGACUAUCGAGUCCAGAAGGCAUCGAGCGCGAUCAUCGAGCGUUGCUUCGAGAGCACAAAGCAUAUGGGGAUGGCCGUCGAUUUAACAUGGCCUGUGAUUAUAGCCGGUUGCCAAAUCUCGGGAUCUGGACGUUCAUGGGUGGCAGAGACGUUUGAGGGGUUCAGGAAACAAUGCUGUUUCGAGAUCGACACGGCUGAACAAAUUGUCUGUGAAGUCUGGCGACGAGAAGAUGAAGGUCUCCCUGGCGCAUCCUGGCGUUCCGUCAUUACUGACCUCAAUCUUCGUUGUCUGCUCAUCUAA